UUUCCCUUUCUUUUUCGUCUGUUUUAAGACCGCGCUGGCCGUGGGGUUCCCUUCCUCGCACUCAAAUUUCGGGCUGCCUUGACGCCGGGCGGGCUGCCUGGGGUCAACCCAGCCCAGGUGGGCGGCGACCCUAGUCUCGAACUGGGGGAGGCAAGCUGUUUCGCCAACCAUACAGUACCUUAUUGUCCACGCCCCCCUCCCCUCCCCUUGGUUACCAUAUCCCGGCUCCGGCUUAGGCGACCCGUACCUGAGCUUACAUACAUACUUGCUAGGGGUGUCAAAAGUAGAGUCUUGGGGAUUCGAUUCUGUUUUAAGAGUUGGCCAUCCCCAGCCUGAUCUUUUUGUAAUUACUUAGAUCUUUUCUCCCUCAUCCCCUUAUCGUUGUACACGUGUGGCCCGGACGCUCAUUCGGUUUGUUCCUUCUCGCCGUCUUUCAUUCACUUUGAUUCUUCACGAGCAGGCACUCGCCAUCCUAAAGCAUAAAGGUUAUUUUUCUCUUUUUACUCCAAGCAAUAACUAAAAAAACAACAAGAAAACGAACAAAGAGACUGGUACUCGGGGAUCUUCUUUUUAAUCGAACUGAUCCUUCAUUGUCGACCUAAUAAAUCUACAGCCAACCCCUCACAAUCACAAUAUGAAGUUCUCAUCGGCACUUGCCCUGGGCGCUGCCCCCCUGGCUCUGGCGAAAGCCGCCCACAAUGUCUACUCGGUCAAGCGCAGCAGCGACGGCGUCAUGGCGAACACGGUUCAGCUCAGCUCUAACCCCAACUCUCUAGAGUCCCUCCUCGGCCUGGGAAUGUCCGGUGUCGGAUUGACAAAGGAGAAGGGCACUGCCGUCAAGACUGAUAUCAUUGUCAUCUGGCUCAACCAGGGUGGCGGCGCUGCUACCACGCAGAUCAACCGCCAGGAGACCGUGACUGUUACCACGACCGUCACCGAUGGCGGCGCCGCCGCAACUCCCGCGCCUGCACAGGGCGGCAGCGUUGUUGUUCCUCCCGGAACCGGCGUCACCCACAACGUUACCGUCGGUGGGCCCAAGGGUCUUAUCUUUGAGCCGAAUGAGAUUAAGGCCAAGGUCGGUGACAUGGUCAUCUUCAAGUUCCUGAGCCAGAACCACACCGUCACGCAAUCCGGCUUCGACACCCCUUGCGAUCCUCUCGCUGGCGGCAUGGACUCUGGCUUCCAGGCCAACCCUAACAACACUGUCAACCCUGCCCCCUUGGUUGCCAUGCAGGUUAUGGUCGAGACCCCGCUGUGGUUCUACUGCCGCGCUGCUCAGGGCGCCCACUGUGGUAAGGGUAUGGUCUUCUCUAUCAACCCCACCGCCGAGAAGACGCACUCGGAAUUCGCCGCGAAGGCCAUCGCAUCCAAGGGACUCGGUAGUGGUGGUGCCAUCACUGGCAACCCCUCUGGUGGUGGUGCUGCUGCUCCUCCUGCCGCCAACCCCGCUGCCCCGGCCGCCUCCAGCUCGCCCUCUCCGGCGCCGGCUACUGGUGGUGCUGCUACCGACCCCAGCAAGCCCACCACCGGAACAGGGACGCUCCAGCCUGAUGGGUCUUGCCAGUGUGUUGUUACUUGCGCCGCUGGCUCGUUCCCCGCCAUGGGUGUUCAGGGUCUCAACAACUUUGGUGGCAUGGCUGGUUCGAUACCCGCCAACAUGGUUGGCAUGUAAAGAAGACAACAUGUGAACGAUUUCGAGGAUUUAUAUACCACAUUCUUCUCAUCCCACGAGUUGUUUCGGGUUCUCGGGCAUUUACCAGGGGCUUCAUAUACCUUUUUGUAGAUUUUCUUUUUCUUUGUUCAUUUCUCAAGACCUUUUUUCUCAUUGAACCCGGGAUGGAUCACUCGCCUUGAUAAUGGCUAGAGCUUGAGCUGUUUUGGGGGACCUUUUUUGGAGUAAAAUCCCCUUUUAUGUUUCAAAUAUGACUGGUUCGUAUCUUUGGAUGGAUGGUAUCAUUAAUAAACGAACAGAAUGAGUUACUUUUUUUUUGUUGGCCGUAUCCUGGGAGCGAGAGAAACGCGGCCUUGCGUGCCAAGCUAUUGUGAUUACUUGUCUUGUUCUAGACCUAGCCCUACCUAGUUCUAAUGUAAUUAAUAGCUGGA